GGGGCGGAGCCGCGCAGCAGCAGCUUCAUCCCGCUGACCGACAGCGACCCUCUGCUCGUCUCCAGGCCGCGGCAUGGACCCCGGAGUCCGGCCGCAGAACCACAGCGGGUCCGGUUCGAGCUGCGGAGCGCUGCGCUGCUGAUGAAGGUGAGGAUGAGGAGGAUGCGCAGUUAGCGGCAGCCGCGGAACCAGCCGCACACGGAUCUUUGCGGAGCAUCGCUCCGAUGCAGCAGAAGGAUCGCCAUUGUUUGGAUGCGCAGCAGACUGAGAGGAACCAGGCCGGAGCUUAGAGCCGCGGACCGAACCCCGGACCGAACCCCGGACCGAGCGGCCAGCAUGCUGCCGCCGGUGCUGCUGCUCGCGGUGCUGCUGCACUGCCUCCUCCCGAGCUCGUCGGGCUUCCAGGCGUCUGUGACCGACGACGGUCUGAUAGUGGCGACACUCGAGCACUCGGACCUGCAGGACAACGUCACGUCGUACGCGGUGCAGAUCUCUGGAGAACCUCGGCCGGUUCUGGUGCCGUUCUCCAACAGCAGCGAGACCGUUGCGUUCAACGCCUCGUUCCACGGCCAGUGCUACUCCGUGGGUCUACUGGUCCAACUGGGACAGAGCUGGUCCAGACCCAUCAAGACUCUGUCCGUGCUCACAAAGCCGCUGCCCGUCCACAGCGCUCAGAUUUCCGACUAUAAAGAGGCUCCAGAGACCGGAGUCGUGUUUGAAAUCGACCCUCCGGCUGGAAACGUCUUCAGCCGAGUCAACAUCAGCUACACGGAAGGACAGGAGAGACGGUCGAUGCUCUACAAAGAUUUCUACAAAGGGAAGACGGUGUUCAAACACUGGCUGCCGGGCGUCUGUUACCGGAACAUCACCUUCCAGCUGAUCUCUGAAGCCACCGUCUACCAGACGGCGUUGGUCGCCCACAGCGACGUCACACACACGCCUCUGCACCACCGCACAGUGCCCUUCCCUCCCCUGAACAUCUCCCAUAAGAUCAUCCACCUGAGUCAGAGGGCUGCAGGUGAAGCUCCCAACAUGGCUCCUUCGGCGGCGGCGACCCUCCAAACGUCCCGUCACGCCAGAGACGUCCCUCUGCUGGAGGAGCGUGAGGAGGAGGAGGAGGAGGUGCAGCCGGAGGAGGAGAACAUGUCCGAGGAGGCGGUGACCUCCAGCCCCUUUAACUCCACCCACGACCUGACGGGCAGCAGCGCCGGCGUCACCGCUAACGGCAGCCAGCCGGAGGAGGCGGAGCCUCAGAACUACUGGCUGGACCCGACGGAGCCGUCUGCGGCCGACGAGGAGUUCGUGAACGCCGUGGUGUCGGAGUACGAGGACUCCAACGAGCCGGGCUCGGCCAUGGGGCUCCAACCAGAACCCUCGGUCCUGCCCACCAGGCUGCUGCCCGUCCUGCUGGAGCUCCGCUGGCUGCCGCCGAGACCCCCGACCAGCCACGACGGCUUCAACGUCUACGUCUACAGGGACGGAAACUCGACAGAAACUGCGACCGUAGACGAAAACACUCACGAGUUCUUCACCGAGUUAACGGAGCCGGGGACCUACCGAGUCCAGGUCACCACGCUGAGCUCAUCCGGAGACUGUGAGGCCCGAGAGAGCAGCGCCGACACCGGCUUCACCUUCUACCUCAGUCCUGGCGGUGAGCUGCUGGAGGAGCUCCGGGAGCGUCCUCAGUCUGUCAGCGUCCGACUGCUGGACUCCAGCACCGCCGCCGUCUCCUGGGCGCCGCCCGUCCAGAACCACAACGGCAGCCUGGUGUCGGUGGUUUCUACCACCUGCCUGAAGCCGAGCCUGAGCCAGAGGAUGGAGAACACCUACUGCAGCGAGGAGAACUCUACGAGUGACAUCAUCAGCAACCUGACGCCCGGUGCUCAGUACCGGGUCGUGGUCUACCACACCAACGGGCCGCUGAUCAGCCCUCCGUCGGAGCCCGUCAUCAUCGACAUCGAGCCCACAGGUGUGCGCGACCUGACGGUGUACCCGCUGUGCCCGACGGCGGUCAUCCUCAGCUGGCAGCGUCCGUACCACGUGGCCUUCAGGAAGUACGUCCUGCAGAGCUUCUUCUUCAACCCGGUCACGCUGGCCUCCGAGUGGACCACCUACUACGAGAUCGCCGCCACCGCCUCCGUCAUCACCUCCGUGAGGGUGACCGACCUGCUGCCGGCCUGGUACUACAACUUCCGUGUUUCCAUGGUGACGUGGGGCGACCCGCCGCUCAGCUGCUGCGACAGCUCCACCGUUAGCUUCGUCUCAGCUCCGGAGGCGCCCCACAUCUCCUCGGUGGACUACUCUCACGGGGUUCUGUACGUCCGCUGGACCUACGGCGAGCUCUUCAUCGACCUGUCGCACUCCAGGAUGCUGCACUGGCAGGUGGUGGCCGUCGGCAAGAAGGGCCCCAAGAGGAGCUACUCAGUGGCCGUGAGUCCUCCAGAGUCCUGGACCUCGGUCCGGUCCGCUGUUUUCUGUCGUUCACACGUUUCUCUUUGUUCCCUGUUUGCUGCAGAACCGGCGCCGCCCAGAUCGCUGCUGGCUGUCAACGCCACGCACUCGUCCGUCACUCUGCUGUGGACCGAGGACGGCGUGGUGGACUACUACCAGGUGGCCUGCAGGCCGAGCCGCGGCACCAAGGAGCUGAAGACUCGGGAGCCUCAGACGUCGACGUCUCACGUGGUGACGGUUUCCGGUUUGCUGCCGUCGUCCAGCUACAACUGCACCGUGACCAGCUUCAGCUACAGCACGCCCAGCAGACCGGCCCACAUCAGCAUCAGCACCGUCGCCAAAGAGAUGAACCCCAGCGUGGCGGCCAUCUCGGCUCUGGCCGUCCUCAGCAUCCUGCUCAUCAUCCUGCUGGUUCUGUUCCUGCUGGUUCUGAGGAAGAAACACCUGCAGAUGACCAGAGAAUGUGGCGCCGAGACGUUUGUCAACUUCGCUUCGUUCGAGCGAGACGGAAAACUUCCCUACAACUGGAGCAAGACCGCUUUAAAGAAACGGAAGCUAACAAGUCCCGUCCAGCUCGACGACUUUGACGCCUACUUUAAAGAGAUGAGCAAAGACUCGGCGUACAAGUUCUCCCUCCAGUUCGAGGAGCUGAAGAGCGUCGGUCUGGAUCUGUCCCACGGCGCCGCCGACCUUCCAGUGAACCGGCCGAAGAACCGAUACACCAACAUCCUGCCCUACGACUUCAGUCGGGUGAAGCUGAUCUCGAUGCACAACGACGAGGGUUCGGAUUACAUCAACGCCAACUACAUCCCCGUGAGUAUCGAGACAACCAGAACCAGAACCAGAACCCAGAUAACCCGUCAUCACACACGUGUCCACAAGUCGCAGCCCGAACGCUUCACUCAGCAGAACCUGAUCAGAUGAUCAUGUGAUCAUUGAAGAGAUCAGACUUUUGUAUGAACCUUUAUUGACACAUUUCUGCUCGACAGGAGCUUUGAUUAAUUAUGACGACACCAAAAUCAGUGAUUAUUAAAAAACAAACAUUGAGGAACGCAAUUACACAAUAAAUAUAAACAUAGAACUGCAUAGAAAACCU